AUGGAUCAUAUCAGUAUCAUCACCAAGCGCGCCGCGGAGAGGGAGUGCAAUGCCGACGGGCAGCCGCCCGCGCCGGCGCCGCUGCUCGACUCGCCGCUCCCCACGCCGCGGCGGUCGUGCGCCUCGGUCGACGCGUCCCGCCUGCGCUGCCGCCGCGGCGCGUCGCCGCUACGGACGCAUGUGCCGUUCUCCUGGGAGAGCUCCCCCGGCGUGCCCAAGAACAACAGCGCGUGCGGCAGGGAUACGCACAAGAAGGCGCCGGCGCCGAUGCCGCCGCCGAGGCCGCCGCCCGGGCGCCCGCAGCCGUGCCUCGCCAGGAACAGCUACUACGGCAACACGAGCGAGGCGAGCAGCGACGACGACGACAGGUCCUUCUCCGACGCGCUGGACAGGAUCUCCUCGCCCGAGCGGACCGGCUCGUUCGACCGGGUCACGUCGAAGCGCUUCGAGGACAUCUUUGUCGGCCGCGCCACGAGCUUCGCCAAGGACCGGGCCCGCCACCCUGCCGCGGAAGCCGCCGACUUCUCGGCCUCGGGCAGGCAUCCAAGGCAGCCGCGUCGGGGCAGCACGCGCCGCGGCCACGACGGAGAGGACCGCCGGUGGACGCCUAGGCUGCUCAACGACAACGUCCCCAUGCAGCUGAUGCAGCGGAUCAGGAUGGACGCGGAGGCCGAGGAGAGGACCCCAAGAGCCUGCGGGCUCAUGGUGUUCUUCCCCUGGAGCGCAAAGCCAGCGGUGUGCGCGUUCAGGGGGAGCCUCGCGCCGGCGGCCAACUCCCCUUCACCGCGAUCCCACAGCCGCAGGAUCACCACCACCACCACACUACGUGACGUCAUAAAGGAAGAUAACGAAGCCACCGGCGGCGACUUGCUGCAGCCGCGUGGCGAGAAGAAGAGGGGCCGUGAGGACGUGCAGCCGAGCCGCGGAUGGGGCGUGUCGUCGUUGCUGGACACGAGCAAGAAGUACUGCACCGAUGCCCGGAAGGCUCUGAGCAAGCUCUCCAUCGGGCUCGGAGCGGACAGCGGCAGCCCGAGGGUUAGCAGCGAGAGGAGGGGCGGCAGGCUGCACGACGGUUUCUCAUCAACGCCGGCGACGCCCGCGAAGCUGACGCCGCAGCUGAAGGCUAGCAGGAACUGAUGCGUCUUGACAGCAGAAAUUAUCUGCACAUAUAUAUAUGCUGAAUACGCAUUCGAUGCUCUGAUCUCCUGACAGCUAGAAUAAACGUCUAAUGCCAUGAUAUUUAUACUCCCCAUUCGAUCUUGUGGUACUUGUUCUUACUGUUUUGUUGUAAUCGUGUGAAGGAACUGUCGUUGUAGCCUGUACCCUGCAGUGCAAUGU